UCUUUAUGGACGGCGGCGUCCAGGAGAACCGUCAGGUGGACGCCAGGAGGACGACGGGACGCUACGAUGUCGGCUGGACGGAUUACUCGCAAUGCCUGCGCCGCACCGAGGACGAUGAUGACGAUCUUUCCCUCAUUAUGGCCUGGCUGCCUUUUUUGAAGAAAACGUCUCUGAUUGGCUACAGCAUUUCACUCAUCACACUCACCAUUUCAUUCAUCAUCUUAGCGGCUCUCACGAAGCUGCGGUGUCCACGCAACAUGCUUCACCUCCACCUGUUCGCAUCCUUCAUCCUGCGCGCCGCUGUGGUGCUGCUGCGGUCCUCUGUGCUGUCGUCAUCGAUGCUCACCCCGUCACCCACACAGACCACCACCGCCAACCUCAACCCCGUGAACGACACGUGGUGGUGCCGGCUGGUGAUCUCCAUAUGGCAGUACUUCAUCACCGCGAAUUACUCAUGGAUCCUGAUGGAGGGACUGUAUCUGCACAACCUCAUCUUCAGGGCGCUCUUCACGGACUCUUCCGCCAUCACACUCUACAUCGUCCUGGGAUGGGGUCUACCGCUGGUGCUAGUUGGCAGCUGGGCCUGCGUAAGGGCCGCCAUCGAUGACUCACAUUGCUGGAUGCUACAUAAAAAAUCCUGGAUUUUUCUGGUGCUCAUAAGAAUACCUGUGGCUUUCUCUGUGUUCCUCAACUUUUUCUUCUUCAUCAACAUCGUGCGAGUGCUCACGCUCAAACUGCGCUCUUCAGUCUCGGAUGAGAACAUGAAAUACAGGAAGCUGGCGAAGUCGACGCUCGUGCUUGUGCCGCUGUUCGGGGUGCACUACUGCCUGCUCUGGGGCCUGUCUACCUUCAAGCAUCCAACCGUCGAACUCGCGUGGCUAAUAAUGGAUCAGGUCUUCGCAUCUUUUCAGGGAUUCUUCGUAGCUCUACUUUACUGCCUGAUGAACGGCGAAGUGCGUCAGGAGCUGAAGAAAAUGUACCACAGCAGAUUUGGCGGCGGAGAACAUACACUCUUCACCGGCCAGUCCACCAUGGUGUCUCAUACCAGGGUAUAUACCAGUUGGUGGGCGAAGAUACGGGCUCGGAUCUUGCUGUGCUGCCGUCCUACCAGGACUUCGAUCCAUUCGAUCCACUCCAUGACGGAUCGCAAGGAUCGGCAAUCUCCAUCGCCCAAGAUGCCACAAAGAUCCGCCGAUGUGACAUGUGGCAAAUGUGGCAACAGCUGCGAAGCCAAUUGUGGCAGCGACUGCCGCCGAUGUGGCGAGGUGGCCAUACUCGUCUGCGCCACAGCUCCAAGUUAUUCGCAACAGCGGCGAUCUCAGAAAUCUGGAUUGGAAGAAGAGCUUAUCGAAUUACAAGAUCGGAAUCACGUAGAAACUGCACACACGUUAGCCGCAGUGCCUCCGACAUGUGAUGACACUCGGAACUCGUCAUGUGAUGACACUCGGAACUCGUCAUGUGAUGAAACUUGGCACUCGGCAUGUGACGGCACUCGGAAUUCAACAUGUGAUGUCACUUGGAAUCCAACUCGGGAUGGCACUCGGGAAUCGGCAUGUGAUGGCGGUCAGCACGGCUUUCAAGAGGAAUUAAUGAGCCUUUUACCGUUAAUCGAUGACGUCAACGAUCCCUCGACAGACGACUUCAGCUUAAGCCACCCCUCCAAACCGUACCAAAAUCUGGCUGAAGUCGACCAGGAUAACCUACCGAGCCCUGGAGAAGCGUGAGAUCCUGGUCCAGAUUUUCCAAAUUUGAGGCAAAAUUCUCGCCGAAAACUUUUUGUGAUUGGACGGCUCCGUUCACAACACUGAUAAUUAUCAACUUGUGAAUUCACAUUCAUAUAAGAAUUUUCUUUGACUCCGUACUUAAAGGACCUUUAAAAAAAGGUCAUUUGUGUAAAUAGUUACACAGAUGAUUUUUUCGAUCGAAUAUUGUAGGGAAAAAAUAUAUGAUGAUACGGUAAUAAAUAUCCCUUCAAAUUAUUCGAAAUUAUUAUUAAGCAUAUCCUUAAGUUAUCCCUGGAUCUGAAGCUGAGAACCAACACUUCAAUCUGAUUAUUUGCCGAAAAUUAAAACGAAUUAUUGUGCUCCAAUGAAAAGUCAAUAUAAGGAGUGGCCAGUUCAAAAGAUCUCAUUACGAUACAACACUAUAAAAUAUACAAUCUACACAAUAGCCGUCAAAAUUCACGAACGAAAUUUUUAUUUAUUGUAUUCAAACACUCGAAUUAUAGUAUUGUAAAUUCACUGCCGUAACUUGCGACCAAGUGCACAUUGUGAUACAUUAGCUCUGAAUUGUGUCAUUAUGGAAGUUUUCAAAAUAAGGUGAAUGCCACGCAAAGAUUAGUCUAUUAAUUUUAGUUAGGGAAAAUUUAUUUUUACAUGGUUCUAUAAUAAAUUAGUUGUAGAUAUUCGAAACAUUACAAAUUUAUGACGGUUUGAAAUGUCAGAGCAGGCAUUAAAUCUAUUAGGUGAGAAAUGUAUAGUGUUCAGUCACAAAAUUUUCUACUGUUUUCUUGUUCCCUGGUAAAAUCUUACAAUUUUCGUGUUUGACAAACAUUUUCCAGUAUAUCCAUCGUAAACUAGUAAAAAAUGAAUCGUUUAACAUGCAUUCAACGACGUUGCUCAUACAUCAUGUUUAAUUCAUUGCAAUCAAAUUAAUAAAUAUCUUGCAAUAACGAAAAUAUUUUCUAGUGCGUGUGCGUUGAUAACGCCUUUACUACAAGGAGCAUCUUCAGAUAACAUCGAAGAUCUAGUCUCUGUAAAUAUGACCUUGUCUUAUCUAUAAUAGAAUGAUUUACCGAUUACUGAGGAGCAACAUGCUAAUCAAUAAUAAUAUAUUUAGCUAUUACUUUUAUCCUUUUAUUAUAUCCUGGUGAAUAUAUGUGUGAAACAUUUAUUUCAGAUGAGCAGCAAGUUGAAUUUAUAUUUUUAAUCUUAAGUCACGUCGUCUGAGCAGUUUUAAUACAUUUUAUACUAUUUAUGAAAGCAAAGUAAGCGAUCCGGUAUCUAGAGAACCAAUUUCUAGAGUACCGGUUUCUAGAGUACCGGUAUCUAGCGUACCGGUAUCUAGCAUACCGGUAUUUAGAGUACCGGUAUCUAUAGUACCCGUUUCUAGAGUACCGGUAUCUAGAGUACCGGUAUCUAGAAUACCGGUAUUUAGAGUAACGGUUUCUAGAGUACCGGUAUCUAGAGUACCGGUAUUUAGUGAACAGGUACAUAGAGUGCCGGUAUCAAGAGUACCGGUAUCCAAAGUACCGGUAUCCAAAGAACCGGUACAUAGAGUAUCGGUAUCUAGAAUACCGGUAUCCAAAGUACCGGUAUCUAGAGCUCCGGUAUAUAGAGUACCGGUAUCCAGAGUAUCGGAAUCCAAAGUACCAGUACAUAGUGCACCGGUAUCUAGAGUACCGGGAUCUAGAGUAUCGGUAUCCUUAAACGUGAUCAUUCCGGUCAAGGCAUUAUGAUGUCUAGUCUUAAAAACUGAUCAAAGAAAUUUAAAAUGAAAUGAGACUUGUUUAAAUCAUAAUUCUUGCAUAACUCUUGAUGUCUUGUCUUGUUUCUGCGACUCGCUAUAUUUCAAUGCUUGAUCGAAAUAAAAAUGAUGUACGAACAAAGUUUUCUGUGUUCUCAAAACGCUAUGGUUUUUCUAACGUACCAAAACCAUAGCCAAAUUAUGUUAAUAAAUAAAAAAAAGGGUAAAAUGUACCAAAAUAACAAAUAUUCUCGAAUGUGUAAGAUAUUGAAAUUAUGUCAAAAGUAUAAUAUUUCAUAAGUCUAUUUUUCUCGACUGUCUAUAGAUAGUCAGGAUUGUCGUCCUUGUAUUUUAUAAUGCUGAUAUAACUUGGAUGGAAGACUUAAAUUACCUUAAUUUCAAUGGUGCAAUGUCGUUAUGCAUUUAUUAGCUAAUUUGGUUGUUCUGGUGGUUGUGGUGCAGAAACUGAGGGGUGGUUACAGUAGUGCUAUCACCACAAUAACCUUAUAUAUUGUUACUAUAACCGUUAUGUUGUAAAAUGUCGUUAGAUUAGUUUGUACUGCUAUGUGAACGUAUCAAAUGUUUCAGAAAUCAUAUUUGUUUGUGAUGUGUUUUACGCUGAUGAAAUUUACUUUGCUGAAAAUCAGUUGCUGGUCCAAAAAUACAGCCUAAAAUUUUAAAAAUCCCAAGCAUGCAAAUUAAAUUAUGUA